AUGGCGAGUGGCACGACGAACGUGACGACGGUGGAAGCCUCCGAUUCCGGCAGCUCCACGGAGCAACACCGCCGUCAGAAGCGGCAGAGGCCGGACCCGACGACCGCCGUCGUCAUCGGCUCGUCGAGGUUCAAAGGCGUGGUGGGGCAACAAAGCGGCAACUGGGGAGCUCAGAUUUACGCGAACCACCAGAGAAUAUGGCUGGGCACCUUCAAGACGGAGGAGGACGCGGCGGCGGCUUACGACAGCGCCGCCAUUCGCCUCCGGUGCGGCGACGCCCACCGUAACUUCCCCUGGACCGCCAUCACCCUCCAAGAGCCCUCUUUCCAGACCCAAUUCUCCACCGAACAAAUCCUCAAGAUGAUCAAAGACGGUUCCUACGUCCCCAAAUUCUCCGACCACUGCAAAACCCUCUCCCUGACCGGCCAACCGGUCAGACUCUCCACCCGAACCGGGGACGAACCCGGUUCGGUUCUCAAAGAGCUCUUCAAGAAAGAACUGACUCCGAGCGACGUCGGGAAACUGAACCGGCUGGUCAUCCCGAAGAAACACGCCCUGAAAUUCUUCCCCCGAACUCUCGACACGGCGGCGGAGGACGACGGCGCUGAUGACGUGGAGCUGGUGUUCUACGAUAAGGCAAUGCGGUCGUGGAAGUUCCGGUACUGUUACUGGAAGAGCAGCCAGAGCUUCGUGUUCACACGGGGUUGGAACCGGUUCGUGAAAGACAAAGGAAUCAAGGCCCGAGACGUUGUCAUAUUCUCGGCCUACGAAUACAAGGAUAAUAAUAAUGGACCGGGUUCGGAAACCCGGUCCAUUUGCGUCUUAGAUGUGGAAUAUACUGACCGCCGCGACGAGGACGGAAAUGACAACAAUAACGGUAACAACGGGGUUGAGGAAAAGACGGAAGAGGACAGUGUUGAGAAGGGUGAUGAGGGUAUUGAGGAAGGAAGGGAAGGGGUAGAAAUGGAAAUGGGGAAUAAGGAUGUGAAACCCGCCGGGUUUAUGCUUUUUGGGGUGCAAAUUAUUUAA